AAAUAUACACAUAUAAUUACAUAAUCGUGUAUACAUGUAAUCCAUAUAGGUGCUCCGGUUAGAGGGAGAUUCGGUUUUUUCCCUCGCCAUUGUAAAAUCGAGAGAAAAAAAAAAUAAGAAACAGAUGUCUAACAAAUGUAGUCGUGAUUGAGCUUUCGAGGAGGGUUGCUCUCGCAACGCGUGCAGCCCGGUGGUAUAUACUUUUAUUGAUUCUCAAAGCGGCGAAACCUGAAGCUCCGGUGAACUCCACGCGUUCGUAUCAUUCCCAACGAAUAUACGGGUAUAUUCCCUCUUCCCAAUUAUUUUCUGAAUGAAAAUCGUCGUCGAUCGAUUUCCGAAGCUAAUCAAUCGCUCGGUAAUCGUCGCGAUAACGAAAAGGCAUUGAUCUCGUUCGUCCGAGUCUUCAGUUAUUUAUUUUUUUUUUCCUCCUUCAUUUUGUCGAAAACAAUUACAUAACUAUACGUAUCACCGCCACAUAUCGCAAGUACCGGAGCUGGAGGCGGCUUCAUUUUUCCCACUAACGAUAGAGCGAUAACGUUAUUCGGCCGAACGGAAAAGAAAGAAUGAUGAAAAAAAUAAACCAAUAUAAUCGAUUACCUAACGAUCGAAAAAUUCUUUCUCGCAGGGGCUAGGCUCCGCGGUUUCGAAAAGGUGGAGGGAAAUCAUCGAAUCAUCGGUGACAUUGCGGUGGCCCGUGACAGGUGAAGAUAACGUGGGGAGGUAUAGCGACUAAAAAUAAUGGAAUGAAAAAACAAAAGGAAGUGAAAAAAAGAAAAGAGAGCGAAGAAGAGCCGGAAUAAUAGGCGUCCGGGGGCGGGAGGGAAAGGGGCGGGAAAUAUUACGUCGACGUCGAGAUGACGCCGAACCGUCCCGAUUCGAGGACGUUGCGACGGCAUUCGAGCUUUCGAAGUGGGGACUUCGUCGGACGAGUCUCCGUUGAGAGUCGCGCGUCUUGUCCGCACCGUGGGGGCGCUGCCACUGACACCAUCUGACACUUGCCAAUGCUCCUCGGGAACGUUCGCUCUUGCCAACUAGUGACAGCCCAGACGCCGGACAGACACUUGCCUCCGUCGUUCAAGUCAGGCUGGAAUAUACCGCGUGCGUGCUCCUACGCCUCCGUCAACACGAGCCAACGCGGCCCAAGGCACCGUAACGUCAACUGUCAAAAUUUCGCGCGUUAACGGAACAACGUCGAAUACCCGGACCGAGACUCGGUUUAUCGACGAGAAAAUACGGAGGUUCCCGCACAGACGAUUGCUGCCUAAACGUAUUUUCGAAAUCUGUUGAUUUUUCUUUUUUGUUCUUUUUUUUUUGUUUCCAAUUCGGUAAUUUUUACGUGGAAAAUUUCGAAAUAGUUUUUUGCGUUUUUUUUUUUUUACCAUCGUUAAUUAUCGUUCAUCGAUUUUGAUCUCUUUCGUGACGUUCGGAAGUGAUUUUCAAAAAAGUGCAAUAUAUAAUAUCAUCAGUGGCCGGUUGUUUUCGAUCAGAAGGAAAACAAAACGAAUCCAUAUAUAAACAAGUGAAGUGUACGUUCUUCGGCCUCCGCAUCUCUAGUGUGUUCAUCUUCGGUAUAUAAUCGGUGAUUGAAAAUACGCUAUUUGCCAAGGAUAAAAUUGUGCUUCUUUUUUUAUAAAGAUUAACUUUGAAAGAUCAGUGAACGGUGCGUUUCAUUGCUGUUCUCUUGCAGAUCAGACGCGCAACAAAAACGAAUCGACCAGCGUCGACCGCGUCAAUGCGGGAUCGAUAUUACAGGCAUUGAAGUCUCUCAAAAAAUCUUUAUUCCCAUAGCUUCUUUAUUCUCACGACACGUAAAUACGUUCCGUUUUAAUCUUCGGAGCAUUACAAUAACGGUGGUUGGAGAAACGGUAAACGAGAUUGCAGCUGCUGCAGAAUUCCUUUAAAUCUCCAAUCCCAGUUAUACCGGUACGGGAAAAAUUAGGUGCGACGUCGAAAAUUAGCAAAAACGAUAAAUGAACGUCAACGGACAUUAAUGUACUUCGAAAUUUUCGACCAGUCAAUUGAAUAUUCUAUCGUGGGUACAAAAUAUUCACUUGCUCUGCGAAAUUAAUUGUCGCCCAAAAAAUUGAUAAAUUGCAUUUUUCGUCGUUCGUUGAAAAAAAUGUCGGUAAAAGCUCAGUGUCUAUAUAUAUACCGAGAAGACGAGAUAAUAUUCAUCGUGGAUGCUGCGGUGAAUCGAUGUUAUCAGAGAAGCGAGAGGUGAACAAUUUUGGAAUAUGAUCAUGAGUUCAGUGACCGCCAGAUGGAUAAUUGAAGUAAUAAUAAAAAACAAAGAAACGAUAUACAUGAAUAGGUAUAUGAAUUAUCCGUUCUGAUACCGGAGAGAAUAUAAUUGAAAAAGAAAAUAAUAAAAGUUUUUCAGGGUGAUCCGUAUAUCGAAAUUUUCAAACGGAUAACAAACGAAAACGCGAACGAAGUAUAUCGAAAAUAGAAAACGUGUAGCGGGUAAAUAUCGGCGUUAUUUAAAAAUGACGGAAAUGGCGCGGGAAGCGUUCGCGUCGCGAAAUUACAGUUUGGCCGCGGAGAUAUACGAACGUUACUUGGACGAGCAGAAUCCAAAUUAUGAGAUAUGUUUCGGUUACGGUGAUUCUUUGUCGAGAUGCGGCCGAAUCAGGGAGGCGAUAGACGUUUACGCCCAGUGUUUCGAACUGGGUUCAGUGCCCAUAGAGAGUCUGAAACAUCUCUCCACCGCCCUGUUGGAGAGCGUGAAAUGUGCGGCCGGACCGAGAAGAAGAAGCGAACCCUCGUUCGCCUGCCCCUCUUGCGAAGGGAUUUUAUUUCAACCCGUGACCGCCGCGUGCGGUCACACUUACUGUAGGACAUGUUUCGAGCCUAACAAGGGGUGUAAAAUUUGCGGUCAAAAACUUGGAGCCGUUGGAGAAACGAACGUCCUCAUUCAGAGACUCGUUGAAAAGUGGUGGCCCGCGGAAGCCGAGGCUAGCAGAGAAAGACACGAGGGUGACAGACUUCUGAAGGAAGGACACGUCAGCCAGGCCAUGGAACACUACAAUCUCGCCGUUCAACUCGCUCCCAACAACCCUCUUCAUCUCACAAACAGAGCGCACGCAUCGCAUUUGCUAAACAGACCGCAAGCAUCGCUUUCGGAUGCUGAUCAUGCAGUCAGACUCAGACCGGACUGGGGAAAGGGACACUACAGAAGAGGCGUGGCACUUUCAUGCUUGGGCAGACAUGAAGAAGCUUUUUCUGCACUUUGCACAUGCGUUGCUAUCGACGGAAAUCCACAGCCAGUGCGGCAAGAACUGACCAGGCUACUUCAUCGAAUGUUAGCACCGAAUUUGAGAAGACAGAAUGUUAUUUCUUCGCGAGCUCCUUAUCACCUCGGUCAACACUUGUCGGCGAGGAACAGACGUAAUCGAAUACAUCAAAUACUUCUUCCGUUGAUGAGUCCGAUUCAGAAUCAUCAAAGGGAAGCACUUAACACGUCCGAUUGCGAAGACAACAGCAGCGGCGAAGAAGAACUCAUAACUCAGUCCAUGUGUCGAAGAUUGUUGUCCGCCACCGAAUCAACGGACAAUGGAAAACUCCACGCCAUAUUGGAUAGGGUUUAUCAGGAAGUGAAGAAACUUAAAUUCGACACAAGACUGCCUACAGGGCUGCUACCACCCCUAACGAUUUCCGGUACCAGUAGCGGAGAAUUUGACUGUAUACUUUGCUGUCGAGUACUUUGGAAACCGGUAACGACACCCUGCGGUCACACGUAUUGUUGGAUGUGUCUCGAUCGAUGCCUCGAUUACUCGUCAGCCUGCCCCCUCUGCGUCACAUCCCUUGCCGAUUAUUUUGCGAGCAGUCAAAAAGCCGUUACCGACUUCGUUGAGCGAGCGCUGAAAAUCGUUACGCCCGUCGAAUACGCUGCGAGAGCGGCGAGUCAUCGUCUGGAACUGGUCCAGGGCCUUGGUCUUGGCCAGGGGGGUGGCGAAGAAAUCGCCAUAUUUAUAUGCACGACCUCUUUUCCCUGGGUUCCUUGUCCAUUGUUCGUUUACGAGCCAAGAUACAGGCUGAUGGUUCGCCGAUGCAUCGAGGGCGGAAUAAGACAAUUCGGAAUCGCCGCGUGUUUGAAUAGGGAGGCAACGGGCCCCAAAAAAUACGCGGAGUACGGAACGAUGCUCGAAAUGAAAGACAGAGUACUGCUCAAGGACGGGUGCAGCAUAUUGAGCACCAUGGGAGGUAGAAGGUUCAGGGUGUUAUCAGGUGGAGAAAAAGACGGCUACGAUACCGCGCAGGUGGAAUUUUUAAGGGAUUCCGUUGUCCAGCCGGAUCAGCUGAUGGGUCUUCUUGAACUGCACGACAAGGUACGGACGAAAGGUCAAAGAUGGUGGUCAACCGUGGCGGCGUCCCAACAGGACGAAAUUCAGAGAGUUUUUGGCGGUAUGCCAGAACCGGAAAACGACUGGCCAUUGUUACCGGAUGGUCCGUCAUGGACGUGGUGGCUUUUGGCCAUACUUCCUUUGGGACCUCAACUUCAAGUUGGUAUCCUGGGUACGACGAGUCUGGAGAAAAGGUUGAGAGCAAUCGAAAAGACGCUCGAUCAUAUGGAACAAAGACAAUUGACCGUUGCAGCCGCACCGUCCGAGGAAACUACGACUCCCGUUAGUAUCUGCAGAGAUGAAGAAACCAUGAUGCAAAACAGUGUUGAGACCGUUGUUCAAGAAUCGUAGGGACGGACGAUUAGUAAGAAAAAAAAAAAAAAUAUUCGUUUAUUUUGUGCGUAAAAACUCGCUUGUGAAACGAUUGAUAAUUUGUUUUGUUUUUUUUUUUUUUAUUUUUAUAUGAUUAUUUUUUUCUUAAUUUUCAUUUGAAGUGAUAGCAAAUUGCGUAAUCGAUCAAUCUUCCGUACAAAGAAAAAAAUAAAUAAAUAAAUAAAUAAAUAUGGAAAUACAAAGAUAACAGACUGUUGGCACGGGGCAGCCAUUUCAAAGGUCCCGUAAAUAAUUUCAGGAAUGCAAAAUUCCGAUUUAUAAAUAUAGUUCGCAAAAAAUCGAACCUCACAACUGCUAGGAAAAGUUCACCAUUAGGAUCACGGUGAGCACGAGAGAAUUUUUAGUUUGUUUUUUUUAUUUCAUUCCCCUUCCCCUUCCUUUUCCAAAAUGUCGCAAAAUUUGGUGAGUAACAAUUUUCCUGACGUUGUGCCUGCGGUUCACCCUCGGGUUCAAAUGAAAAUUUGUGCGUUUGAUACGUAAUUUUCAACUAUCUGAAAUGUCGUUGAAUACGAAAAUAAUAACUAAAAAUUAUUGAUAUUCAACUAUUGAAAUCGAUGGAUGGAUAUAUAUUUGUAAAAAAUUUUUUCAUACGAAAAAUCGAUUCAUCAAUUUUCGCAACGCUCUUUUGAACCAAUUGCAUUUGAAUCCACGUGAGAUUCGACUUUGACCAGCUGUUGCCACAUUUCCUAAUGAAACUAAGAAAUUCACGACUUUAUUCGCCGGAUAAAAUAUAAAAGCCCAAAAUUUUGAUCUAUAUAUGGGGCAUUCCGCGGCAAAACGAAGACGUUCACGCGUCCACGAAUUCCACGCCACAUUGAUGAAAAAUACUGACAAUUUUUGCAAAAAGUACACUUUCGAUUGUGAUUUUUUCCCCCUCCGAUAAAAGUGUUGAAUAAGACGAAAAUCAUAAGACCAGAACCAAAAUGGGCGCUCGAUUCCACGAGCCUCCAUUCACGAAAUUGUCAAAUUUGAUCACAUUUUUUCACUUGAAAUAAAAUCUGUACGGGAGACCCUUCGAGUCAGACGGGCCACUUUUCCCAAAAUACUUUUUGAACUUGAUGAAACUAUUUCGUCGUCUUGAGGACCACUUGUGAACGCCCAAAGUGAAAAAGGUCCGAAAGCUACGAUUUGUGAACAAAGUCCAUGAACACGAAAACACGUCUUAAUAAUCUGUCUGUGUUAAAACCUAUUUCUUAUUUCCAAAAUGUGAUGAAAAAACGAAUUGAUUGAUUGAACUUUUUUUCGACUUUUCGAAGUUUUCGAUUUCAAUUCUUUCAAAACAAUUUUUCGGCAGCACUCCAUUCAUUUCUCUUAGAUUUUGGUGUGAAAUAUUGGUUGUGGCUUCUGGUUGAGUAGAACUAUGUGUAUUGGAAUUUAUAACACAAUCGGAGAAGAGUAAGUUCAAACAUCUCCGUUUUGACGUGCAAUGCCCCAUAUAUAAAUGCAAUAUUUGUAUUAUAUUUAAGUUUAUUCCAUUGCCUAUAAGACUUUCAGUAAACUAUAAUAGAAUAUAGUUAUUUAUUUUCACAUGAUUCUUUGAUUCAUAGCUUAGUGAUGAUAAAAUCAUAGAUGAAGCAUAUCAACGAUGCAAUCAAGUAUUUAUAUAAAAAAAUAAAUAAAUAGAUAAAAAUAAGAAAAUGCAAGAAAAAGAUAAACAACAAAGAAACGAGACAUACAAGUAUACAUAAAAUAUAAUUAUUGUUAAUCGGUGUUUCUAUUUCUACUUUAAAAGUAAAUUAAAACUAAAAAAAAAAAAAAA